GAUGGAAGGAGCUUUCUCAUGUCCUAUCUUCUUCUCUGGUUCCCAUUUUCCUGAACCCAAGACUGCCAUUUUCUCUCUUCGACGGUGCCUCAAUUGGUUCACAGUUUAAGAUUUCCCUCUGUCUUCAUUUUCCUGAGAACUUCCUGCGCGCGGUUCCUGACUUUUUCUGGUCAGGAAGAAAUACUAUCUUUUCUUGUCACAGAAAGGGAGGUUUUUCUCCAUUUUAGUCAUAGCAGAAGUAAAAGUUGUUCUGUCAUCUAUCUGCCCUAGCGCCAUCUAUUGGUGGCUGUGGCGAAGGAUGCACAUCUUUAAGUUCUUACGCCCAAAAUCUCAUCAGGUGCGCAGAUUACUUUUUUGCAACUUGCCGAAUAUGGCAGAUGAGGACAAGGGCAGUGCAACCAAUGAGAAUGUUGAGAGCUCUGCUAGAGAGAAGCGUUUCUUCCCUUGCCUUUUCUGUUCCAAGAAGUUCAUUAGCUCUCAAGCCUUAGGAGGCCACCAGAAUGCACACAAGAAGGAGAGAACGGCUGCAAGGAGGGCACAAAGAGUAGCCGAUUACAGGCUUCAUUAUCUCUCCUCCCCACCUGUGAUUUAUGCUCCAAAUAUUGGUCUGUUGAGUCCUCCUUUCUACAUCAAUGCCCACUCUGGAAAUCAUGGCGUCCCUCCAAGUGGGCAGUUUGUCUCUCAGUUCUCUGAUGGGUUUGGGUCCCAUGGAGGCCCUAGGUUUGACGGCCCCUGCAGAGGGCAGCCUUGCUUUGGAGACGAUGAUGGCGCUGGUUUCUUGAAUUGGCAAGAUUGCAGAGACAGGGUGGUGGGUAAUGGGGAGUUCUCAUCAGGGGGGUCCUCCAUGAAGGAGGGCCAAUUUUGGGGAGUUGAUGAUAGCCAGUGUUGUUAUUCUGACAAUGACCAAAACCUUGAUCUUUCCUUGCAUUUGUAGUAAGUUAAAUUUCAUCAUCAUGAAGCCUAUAGAGAAGAGUAAGCCUCAGUUAUUGAGUAUGAUGCUUUCUUCUUUUGCUGAGACGUUGGUCUUUUCGACUCUGCGCAUGUGAAAGUGUAACAAGAUUAAACGAUCUUCCGUUUUCUCUUCCCUGCCUUCUAUGUAUGAAGACAUGUUAAUCAAAUAUCGUGCUUUCCUUUAGAUCUCCCUUCUCUUUUCCUUCUUGCUCCCGCCGCUGAAGCUUAAAGGCUCUUUCAUGAAUAAAUUAAUAAGAGAAAUGCAUGCCGACAACAUGAGGAAUGAACCAAGUGACCUGUUCCUUUUGG